AUGGGUUCCCGCUGUGCCAAGCUCAGCACUGGCCAUGGCCCAGCCCAGAACACAGGUCACAGCCAUGGCCACGAGUCCUCCAUGAAGAAGCUCGUGGCCUGUGUGAGUCAAGACAACUUUUCCCUGUCAUCAGAGGGCGAGGAAGAGGAGGAGGAGGAGGAGGAGGAAGAGGAGGAAGAGGAGGAGGAGGAGCAGAUCCCGGUGAAGGGCAAGCUGCUGCUGAUGGAGCCCGAAAAGCAAGAGAGCGCCGAGGAUGCGGAGGCCCAGCCAAGUCCUGAGCCCAAGCAGACACACUCCUGA